AUGAGUCUUUGCAAGAUAUGCCUCACAGCAGUGCCGGACCUUCCUGAAAUCGCGAUUUCCUCUGACAGUCCUUACGAAACAAAAGGGCCAUUGUCAGGAAUUCGAAAGUGGAAGAAGCAGACGCGUCCAGAUCGGCCGUUGGAAAUAUUAUGGUCCAGCAGAGGUCAAAGCCCUAUGCAUCUAUCAUGGGAGGCAUUUCUAACAUCCCUGGAUGCUGAUUGUCCUGUUUGCUGGAAGAUCUGGCGGACUAUUCGAUCCUCAUCAGCUGCGUCACCACACGAUAGGCAUAUUGAUGAGUUUGGAGCUAGUCUUACUACUGCAACCUACAAACCCGAUGAUGGCCAGUAUACGAUGGGGAUCUGGGUAACUGGCAAGAGUCUGGAACCGACACAGUUCCGAUUUCGCAUUUGGAAGACUACCAGGGAGAUAUUCGAGCAGGCGGAAAGGGAGACUCCAAUACCCGUCCAGCAUACGCCUCAGUCUGCGGCACUUGUUACGAAUCGUUGGCUUGGUAUAUGUGACACCAAGCAUUCUUUAUGCAUGCAGAGGAAACCUUCGUCCCCAGAUGCGAAAAUGCCGAAGCGAUUAUUAGACCUCGGUGGCAAGGACUCGACAACAUGGUGUAUUUUCGAGACUCAACAGGCUAAAGUCCCCUACGUCACGCUUUCGCAUCGAUGGUCCGAGAAUACGCCCACUCUACUUGAAGAAAACUGCCAGGAGUACUGCAACCCUCAAUCCGACAGUCUCUUCCCUCACGACUACAGAGACGUUGUAUCCAUUUGUCGGGCAAUUCCCAUCCGCUAUAUCUGGAUCGACUCUCUUUGUAUUAUCCAAGACGAUGACGGUUCCGACUUUCGGCAUGAAGCCCCAUUGAUGAUGGACUUCUAUCGCUAUUCCUUCCUCACGAUCAUGAUUUGCUGGGAAGUAUCUGAUGCCACCGUCUUUCGCAAAUGUCGACCCCGCAGCAUAGCAAGACCAAAACCACCUUCCUAUUGUCAGCCCACUGAUGAAGGAGAUGAUCAGCAAUCACCAAACAAAGCUGAUCACGUUUUCGUCGAGCCUCUAAAUCUGACUGAUUACAGGACGGACGUGAUCAGAUCCCCCAUAAAUCGCAGGGCGUGGGUUCUGCAAGAACGGUGCCUGUCUAGGCGGAUCCUGUGUCUUGGAAGUGACCAACUAUGGUGGGAAUGUGAUGGUAGUUCCGUGGAGUCUCGCGUCACAAGCGAAGCUUCGCCUUGGGGUGACUCACAGUCGCACGAUCGGGGGACUUUGCACAGCCUCGCGGACGAUGACCUUGCAUAUUCCUGGGGUUGGGUGCUUGAGAGGUAUACCAAUUGCGAACUUACCUAUGAACAAGAUAGGUUCAUUGCCUUAUCAGGGCUAGCAGGUGUAAGAGCCAAAUUAUCAGGAGAUACAUAUUUCGCUGGCAUGUGGCUCGAAAGCUGGAUGCAGGGUCUUCUCUGGCACCCAGAAAGACCAAGAUACCAGGUUGAUCAGAAAAAGUCUAUACUUGUGAAGGCACAGACUAUGGUUAUGCCUUCAUGGUCUUGGCUUAGCUUUUCCGGUUCCAUUCUUGAGGGGGCAUCCAUGUGUGACCAAGGGCCAAGGAUCUCACUAUCGGAUCCCAACUCAUUCGAAUCCCAUAUCUUCCGGCCAUUAGCUCUACUAAGUGAAAGUAUCUUGACUCCAGCAGAUGCCAACCCAUUUACGUCUUUUGAUCAAGCUAUCUUGCGGAUAAGGUGCCUCCUGAUACCGGUUCAAUUUAAAGGAACUGUCGACAUCAAGAACGCGACUUAUCUUUUUUGGCAGGAUCAUAACCAGGACCAUGAUAUUGAACUUUGUUCAAUUGGGUUGGAUCGGUUACGACUGCUGGGUUGCGAGGGACAGCAGCAACACGCAACAUUCCGAUUUCAAUUCAGCAAGAUCCCCGAUGAUUAUUUGCAUCACUUCCUUAUUCCGCUGUACCUUCGUCGAGACAACGCGAUCAUGCCCAUCAAGCCUAGUGAUAAGGACACCGAGGCCUUCGGACUUAUCGUUGAGGAGACGCUUAAUAAUGACAGUGACCGUGAGUUUAUCCGGGUCGGGAUGUGGGGAGAGGAUUACCGGUAUCCCUCCCAACUUGGGCCUUUGAUCAGCAAUACCAUCAUAUCGCAGGGCAUUGGGGAGGCAUCCCCAGGGGAUAACGUUAAUGAUCGGACAGAAGCGGAGCGCAUUUUUGAGAUGAAACUUCGGGAGUAUGCAUUAGAACAUUCCUCCUCUGAUGUGAAUUUUCCUGUGAGCGAUAAAGAAACCCCUAUGCAGCAUAGGGCAGGCGUUACAGCUGAUGUCGAAGCGGAAAUCGAAGAGGAUCCAUUUAAGUUCAAAAUGAUGGACUAUAGGAUGAUUCGAUGUUCAUUACUGCCUCAUUUUGCACAAUCAGAGUGGGCUACUAUUUCUCUAAUUUAG